CACAACUUCUUCUCCUCCUCCUCCUCCCUGUUGAUUCCCAGCUACACCCGCUCAGAGCUAAGGCCAUGGCCAAAGACGUUGAGGGAGCUGAGCAUGGCGAGUUUGCGGCAAAGGACUACCAUGACCCUCCUCCUACUCCUCUUUUCGACGCCGACGAGCUGACCAAAUGGUCAUUUUACAGAGCUGUCAUCGCGGAGUUCAUUGCUACGCUUCUGUUCCUUUACAUCACUGUGUUGACUGUGAUCGGGUACAAGAGCCAAAGCGCGACUGACCAGUGCGGUGGUGUUGGGAUUCUCGGCAUCGCUUGGGCCUUUGGUGGCAUGAUCUUUAUUCUUGUUUACUGCACCGCCGGUAUCUCUGGAGGACACAUAAACCCAGCUGUGACUUUCGGGCUCUUCUUGGCACGCAAGGUGUCGCUCCUCAGGGCUGUGCUCUACAUAGUAGCACAGUGUCUGGGUGCUAUCUGUGGUGUAGGGUUGGUCAAGGCCUUCCAGAAGCACUUAUUCAACGAGUACGGCGGUGGAGCUAAUUCGUUGGCCGCUGGUUACAGCAAGGGCACCGGAUUAGCCGCUGAGAUCAUCGGCACCUUUGUUCUUGUCUACACUGUCUUCUCUGCCACUGACCCAAAGAGAAAUGCCAGAGACUCCCAUGUUCCUGUCUUGGCACCACUUCCCAUUGGAUUUGCCGUUUUCAUGGUUCACUUGGCCACCAUUCCCAUUACUGGCACUGGUAUCAACCCCGCAAGAAGUUUUGGAGCUGCUGUUAUCUACAACAAAGACAAACCCUGGGAUGACCACUGGAUUUUCUGGCUUGGACCUUUCAUUGGAGCUGCCAUCGCUGCCUUCUACCACCAAUUUGUUCUAAGAGCAGGAGCAAUUAAGGCCCUAGGUUCUUUCAGGAGCAAUGCUUAGUUUCACUUAAGCAUGAUUUUCCACCCAUGCUCAUGGUCUCUAUUCUAAAAUUGGAGGAUUGCAAGUAUGUCCCUCUCAUGGGCUCAAAACUCGGACGAAACUGGAGGACCAUGGAAAAUUGUAGAUAAACGUUGCUGCUUCGUUGGGCAGGGGUGUACUUGUGAUCCCACUCUUUUCUUUCUUUUGAGAGUAUGUAUGUGCUGUUGUUGAUUAUUUCUUCUGCAUGUGUAUCCUUAUCUUUAAUUUAAUUACUGUUUUCACUUGUAAGUGGGUGUUUUCAUGAUCAUGUUGAUGCCAGCAGAUAAAGUUAAUGAAAUGUGGGUUGUGUUGUCUGGUCUCAA